AGCAUAGCCACAGUUCUUAGGGUCAUCUGAUCUUCUGCAUGGAUCGAGAUGAUAGGCAGAUCUUGGUAGACAUCUAGUGAACAAAGUCUUGUCUAUCUAGUAGUUCUUGUUUGUCGUAGUUCUUGAAGCUGUCAUCUCCUAGUGUCUGAGAAUAAAGUUUCUUUCCAUCACGACCUUGAUUUUACUACGUACUUACUUGAUUUGAAUACGUGUAAAAUCAUACAUCUAAUGACAAGCAACAAGAUGGCCAUCUGAUUUUCUGUAAGCGCUGCAUGCUGAGUACUACGUGUUGUCGUCUGUAAGCGAGUACUGGCUACCUGUUAUCUGUCAGCUGCUGGAUGACGUCGAAUGCGCUGGGUUGUGUGGACAUGCUUGGCGUUGGGUGGACGUCGGGCGGUGAGAAAAACUGCUCCCCAAGCUGCUCCUGCCUCCAGUGAUUAUGUCUCCAGUGACUGUGUCGACUUUGUUUGUAUACGACUGCGGUCAUGAUCACAACUAUCAGAACUAGUCUCCACGGAUCAUGCUCAGAGCAGCAUUAUCAGGGACUCAUCGAGAUGACUUUAUUUGGCAGGUUCCACAAUAAGAUCGUGUUGUCAUGCCAGGUUCAUCUAUUGAUGAUUCAUUUACUUAGAAAUGUGGUUAUCCUGCUGAUGAAUUGUGUUUCUGUCCCAGAAGCAGGGACCUAUACCACCUCUAGGGAAAAUGAUCGCUUCCGUCGUAGAAGAACUUCUAAUUAUUUGUAGACUUGCUUGAAGAAGCGCAGGCAGGCAUUGCGGUGGAUGAUGGAGGUGGGUACAAUGGAGGUGAAGGCAUCGUCUAUCCUGAAGACGACAUUGUGGAGUAUGACGAGCAGUGGACGGGCAGCAACGAGGAGGAUGUCGACCCCUUGUAUUUAUGAUGGAGUACAGUACAACUGCUUCUUCUAAACAUUGGUGAUGCAAGUUCUGAGUUCUAGGCUCUGAUAGAUGAGAUGGGCAUUCUAACAUCCGUAGCGGAGGAGGAAGACUCCUUUUUGACGGAGGUAAUAUACGAUGACGAGCAGAACAAGGCUGUGGACGGUGACGAGCAGGGGACUGGCGAGGGAGACGCGGGGUUUGUUGAAGAGGGUGGCGAAGGAGACGAUGACGCGAUUGUCUAUGGCCUCGGGACGGCAGGAGACGAGCCAACGCCAGAAGAAGACUUGGAGUUUGGGGGUACAACGUCUGAGGCAGAUGCAGAAGUCAGCAAUAGAGAUCUACAAAAAGAAGAGAAAACUACCGCUAAAGCAGAGGGGGAAGACGAUGAUGAUGACAAUCCAGAAAAGAUCUACGAGAAGGGCCUCUACCCGAAAGACGAGGACUUCAAGAGACAGGUGUUUUUUCAUAAGUGCUCUAUCGGAAUUCUAGGAGUCGCCGUCUGUUAGACUUCAGUCACUCGAUCUCAGUUAAUGAUCAUGGAAUUCUUCUUAGCCUCUACUCCUACAGUCUUCAACUUUCGUAGGUUAAUUGUGACUUCUCGCGGCCCGAGUGGCAGCAAUACCGACAUGUGUACGAAGUAGCGUUGAAUCGGGAGGAUACUUCCGACGACCCAGACCAGCUCCUCCACGCAACUCGUGUUUAUGGACUUGCAUCUUAGAUUCUAGACCACUUUGUUUUUUUGAAAAAUUAGAGGGUCGGUCUGUCGAUUUGGACACACUUGCUCUAAUGUGCAUUAUCCUCCGUUUUGUGGGCUCGUGCGCGGAACGUGACGGACAUUUUGACGUGCAACGUUGGUAUCAUUGCAGGCUAUCAAAGGUUGAGUCACGCUCUCUUGGUUGCAGGCUUGGGACCUAAAACGGCACUGUAUCGCUAUCGACUCCUCCAGUUGGCUCUCAUCUUCAUUUUCACGCUUCGUAACGCGAACAAAAUUCCUCCCGUCGCCGGGGAGUACUGGGCAGCGAGCGAGCAAUACAUCAUUCCGAACAUCAUGGCGAUUCGUAACAUCAAAAUAGUUCAUAUUUGCUUUGAUGCUGCUAUUUCGCAUUUUCGUCGGUCGUGCUACUUCCUCAACGAAAAAAUAGAAAGACUAGCGCUGUUGGCUCAACAUUUGAACAGCUACAUCAACAUUCGUCUCAGGUCGACAUGUCGAGCAACAGGAAUUGCAGAGAAGGCGGGAGCGGGAGUGGUUUACGGGAAGGACCGUCUCUAAUACUUUUAGAGACCCCGAUAUGCGGAUUGCCAUCGUGUCUAUUUGUGCUUAUCCUCCGACAAGUACUAAAUUUACUUUUGCCUUACAACAAGGUUAUUAUUUUUUGCUUCGAAGAGCUAUGCACUCAAAUAUGCAUGUUGUGGGUCGUAUGAUCCAAGAAAUAGUCGUGACUCUCUCUUCCAAAUUUCAGGCGACAUCGCACUAAAGGAUGUAACGCCUUUGAACCGGGAACUGUAUGCGCGAAAACACGGAUAUGCGUUGAGGCUGCACACCGAGCCACCCCUUCUGGGUGGGAAUGUGCAUAUCCAGCAUGCAAAAUUGGCGACAGUGAAUCACUACGUACUCACUUCUUGAUAGCUCUUCGUAUGAGAUAGAGACAUGAGAUCGAGACCAUUGUUUGUUUGUGUCGUUUUUCGCGUUUCUCAGGUAUGAAGAUCGAAGUAUAUUUUCCAUUUCUUUGCGAAAUAUGAUCUUCAUGAACAAUCAAGAAGCCCCUUGAGAAACCUUCAUCCAUUGACAUCACUCAGAUCCGUUCAGGAGAUUUUGAUUGGGUUGUGUGGUUCGAUUGCGACUCUCUGAUAAUGAACCUCGACCACACGCUAGACAGUAUCAUCUAUCGGGCGGCGGGAAAAUGGACGAGUAAUAAUUUUGCUGGUGAGUGGGCAGACACUUGGGAUCCGAAUACAAUCACCAUUUUAUGCAUGGAUGGUAGUCGAGUAGUAGUAGUAUUAGUAGUUGCCAUAGUAGCAAUAACACCUUGCAGAUGGCGAGUUGCUAUAGCAUUACAUAGUAGCAUCUGCCUAGAUGAUGAACUGCUAGUAUAGAAGCAAUAGUAGCUUCGAAACGAGGUUUCAUGUCGAUAGAAACGACUUGCCAAUGUGUUGUCAUAGCAAUAGUAUCUUAGAAAUGAGUUCUCAUAGCAAGAUUAGUCUAGAAUUGAGCUCUCAUAGCAAGAUUAGUCUAGAAGUGAGCUGUUAGAGCAAUACUAUGCUAGAAUUGAGCUGUUAGAGCAAUACUACCUUAGAACGAGAUCAAAUCAGUGGAAAGAAGUGCAAAAGUACAUGUUGCUGUAAAGCUCAUCGUCAGAAAAUGAAUUUGAAUAAAAGUACAUAAAACUGAAAUUUCUUGGAUAUCUCCUACAAAUUUGAAAUUUUCAAAUUCAUAAUUCAAAACUUUGAAGAUUUCUAGAAACGUGAGAUUGUUUUGAGGAAAUUUAUGGAGUCCAUGGAGUCUUAGAUUUCCAAACUAUCAUUUCUCUCUAGUUUGGGAUGUUGCAGGCUGUUGAUUGAAUUUCUCCUAAUAGAUCACUCCACACUUUAGCAUUGUCUGCAUAAGGAUCAGCAUCAUCAUCAUCAUGCCCGCCUUUCUCCCCCUUCUCCUCGCCCAGUGUCUCUCUCAAUCUCCCUCUCUCUCCCCUUCCUAUCCAUCCCUUUCUUUCCCUCUCUCCCUCUCUCUAUCCAUCCCCUUCUGUCUGCCUCGGCCUCUCCCUCCUUCCCCCUCUAAUUUUUGUGGUGAAUGAAACGGAGGUCACGGCGAGUGCGCAGCAAUUCGGCACUGCUCGUGGAUUCAUGCGCGGUAAGAUUCUGCACAUGACCUUCGAGAACUCCCUGGAUCCGCUCGAGGGGGAGCUGGUGAAUUUAAGGCUUAUGUAGACUCUCAUUCAUCUUAAGAGGCACCUAAUGUAAUUCAUCUUCCGACGUGAGGCAUCUUUGACUCUCACUUUGACCUGCUAGGAGUGCUUCCAAGGGGAAAGAAAUGCUACAAAGAUGCACGACUCGCUGUUUCGGAUCCUUCGGGUUGAGUUUGGGUAUCUAUAGGCUCUAACGACUUCAGAAGAAGGGGAUGUAAUUCACUGGAGUAAUGGAGCAGUGUGGCACCGGACGAGGGCAAUAGAACCCUGCCUGUCACCGCAAGAUUGCCCAGAGCUGAAAGGUCUCGACGAUAGCAUCGAUCUUCUCAUCACCGAAGAGGGCUGGGGCCUCAGCUCAGCAAACUGGAUGGUGCUAAUUUUUGUUCGUUAUCCACCCGUUUAUGUUUUUUGGUAUCUACUACGCAAUUAUAAUUAGGUUCGUUAUCCACUCGUUUAUGUUUUGGUAUCUACUACGCAAUUCUAGUACUGGAGUGGGUUACUUUUCGUGAUCUAGCCCUAAUUUUGUAGUAGCCAAUUUUUCGAUCAUCAAUCUGUUCUUUGUGACAAAAAUGUCGAUCUUCAUCAAUACCGAAUACUCUUUACCCUCGAUAGGUACGUCGUUCCGCGUGGACCAUCAAUUUCUUAGAUGAGUGCUUGAACGUGGCUCAUGUUAAGAUACCCCUUUUCGGAGACCAAGAUGCAAUAAUCUACUUAUGAUGAUUUGAUGAACAAUAGCUGAUGAAGUAUCUGUGUACUGGCUAGCUUUUGAAGUACCUGGUGAAUAGGUUGGGAGCUACGAUUGAAAACAUUGUCAGAUUUUAUUACCUCAGUUUUGGCCACAACUUGAUGGUCAAGAUCAGUCAAUCAUUUACAUCUGGGUCGUUACAACUUUAUAAUAUAACAGGGGGGGGAGGGCGGGGGGCCGUUCGGCCCUGCGUCACGUCAUAUAUACUCGUGCUAGUAGAAGCUCUCCCUAUCGUCCCUUCGAUUUUUGUUGCAACUAGCGCUAAUCUUUCUAGUGAUGAACGACCAAACGCUACGAGGAUUAACGGACGCUUUGGCCGAUCCAGCGGCCAUUCGGGAUUCAGACGAGGAAUUGCCAGACCCUUUAGACUCGCAUGUUCGGGUCAUCCCGCAGCGCGAGCUAAAUGCCUACGAUCACCUCAACGCCUACACCAUGGACGUCGAUGGAUACCAAUUUGGAGACUUGCUUUAUGAGUUCUACUGUACUUACAAAGACUGUGGUUUAGUUUUUUUCAUCCUCCAUGUUCUCCAUUAAAUUUCUCCAGCCGCUUGCUAAUAGCCAACCAAUAGCUCCACUAGUUCUCCUCCCCUUCUCUUACCCAACUGUUUCUAAUGGCGCAUCACAUUCCCGCAAUGCAAGGACGCCUCGUGCAACACGCUGUUUCGGUUGGCCGCGGAGUAUGCCCACGAAAGAGACGAGUUCGCCUACAACCCUCACGAUUGGGCGCACGUGCGGUUAUUCGGCCCCAGGGACUUAGUCGCAAUGUGGUGGAAACGUCACAUGGAGGAAGAGAGGAAACAAGAUCGCGAAGAAGAGGAGGAUGAAAAGGAGAAAGAGAAUAUAGAUGAGGGUGAAGAAGAAGGCGAUGCGAGUGAAAAUUUAUGAUCUUCUUUUUGAAUGGUGGUCUGGUUUUUCUUUUUAAUGUUGUUGAUCCAUGGUAACAAGAGUUUCAGGAUGUGCUUGUAGUAAGGCCAGCAUACUCUUUCUUACGCUAGAUUACGAACAACAAAAGUGUUCUUGUGCCGUUGUAACAAGCAAUGUAUAUGUACUUCCUGUUCCUGUCUGUCAAGUUACUUUAGAAAUUAUGCCAAAUUGAAUCAUUUUCUUGUCUGCGAACUGUAGUAGUCGAAAUGCCCAAGCUUUUAGAGCUGCCUCUUCUAAAAUCGACACAAGCUGACGUGCCUGGCACCUCUCGCGUGUCCGUUCGAAAUGGCGCGUCCACUGAGGCCGGACUUGACCUGGCCGACAUCGAUCCUGAAGAAGAUACUGGCGAAGGGCAGGAGGAACGCGAUUCUACUUAAGGCUCGAUGCACUUCAUGUCCAAGGCAGGACGAUUUUCUUCGGUUUCCAUCGCAGGGUCGACUUCGAAGAAACGGGAAGCAAGGGAAGAAGUGAAUUGCUUUGAGCUCUAACAUAGUGUGGAAGGUGAGAUGCAGGAGGACGGCGAAGAGGUCCUCGAAGAAGUGGAAGAUGACUCCGCAAAUGAGUAUUUCGGAGACCCCGAUGAGGAGCCGCAGGACGAUGCAGAAGAUGACGACGCGGUCCAAGAAGAGGAAUUGUAAUGAGGAGAACGGAAGACGUACUACUUAUAAUUAGGCUACGGCCAUGCGGAUGCGGCUGUGGGCAUUGGUUUCGCCCAUGACUCGGACAGAGCUGGCGCGGCUUUGUGAAGCUUUUGCAAUUAUACAAAGGCUUUUGCAAUUAUACAAGGGCUUUUGCAAUAGUGCAAAGGACAUGCAAUUUGAGAGCCUGUUGAUCAGUUUUGCGGCGGAUGUGACUGCCGCUCUGCUGCUGAAGUAAUUAGUUUUUUCUUGUUGCUAUGUAGCAGGACUUCCCUGUCUCUGCCUCUGUUCUAGUUCUUGGCCAGUAUCUUGUGAUAAUUGGUAACUACCCUUUCAUCUUGGUAGCCUCAGGUAUUCGACGAAAAUCGUCCGAGAUUAGCCGCGCUUGUCAUAGUCAAUGAACAAAGUAGUUUGAAUCAAUGAAAUCCUACACACCUCCUAUAUCUACUACUCGUGCAACCGCCGACGAGCGUCUGAAUUGGUUUGAUACCACGCGUGUGAGCAACGCACGCAAGAAAAAGCAUCUCUCUUGAGCCAGAUUUGGUGUCCAGAAAAAUUGUAUAUAGUUUACUCGUAUUCAUCUUAUUCUACAAAAUAUUCACGGUCUGCGACUCCUCGUUGAACUUAAAGUGUAAUCACAAGCAGCUGCAAAAAGCUAAAUUAUCUUGAUCAAAAACACU